AUGGCGCUCCUGGACAGCCAUCUCGAGCAGAUUGCGCUUUCUGCAGGCGCCAUCUCCGAGCUCUCCUUCCCCCCGCCGAAACGCUUCACCAAUGCCCUACUAAACACUCCAGACAUCACCACCCUGAUCAGAGACACCGAAGCCCACGAGCGCGCCCUGUUCACGCUCGACCAGUCCGCCGCCAAGGCAUCGCAGCGCCGGGCCACGCGCCGCGGCACUGUGUUUCCCGCAGAGGCUGCGCAGACAGAAUCCAUGGCGAGUCGCAUCUAUGCAGCCAGGAACUCGCGGAACCAGUCAGCCGUGGCGCGUGUUCUGGGCACCGACAUGAUGGAGGAGAUUAAGCGCUCAACAGGCUCGUCGACGCGGGCAGCGCGGGGGGAGAUAAAUAUUGAGGUUUUGCUGAAAGGCGCGGAGAUACUGUGCAAUGUUUACCCCGUCUCCGGCGCCGCCGAAAAGAUUUCCAAUCUGCGCUACCGAUACGCCCAAGUCACCGAUUCAUUAGCACAGCUGGACACCCGGGUCGCCCAGAACACAGCAGAGUUGGAACGCAUCAACCAGGCCUACGACAAAGACAACGACUUUGAUUUGGCUGAACAUCAGCCACAGCAGAACCCAGAUACGCAUGUCACCGACGAGGACAUUGAGCGCGAGCUGGAGGAGAUUCGCGAGUUGGAGAGACGGAAACGGACACUCGAGGCGCGCAUGACGGGGAUUGACCGGGAUAUCGGGGGGUUGAUGAGGUGA